CUGCGAGGGGAAGAUGUCAGAGGAGCAGCCGGAAAAAAAGGGAGAGCCGGGUUCCGAGAUAAUGGAAUUAUCUUCAACUGAUUCUGAGACUGAGUCACCAAAAGAAGACACUGAAGAUGACAUUCAGUUUGUUAGUGAAGGGCCAUUGAGACCUGUCCUUGAAUAUAUCGAUCUGGUUAGUAGUGAUGAUGAAGGACCUAGUACUUCUCAUAUUAAUGAAAAAGUGAAAAGUAAAGACUAUGUUGACCAGGAAAAGGACAGAGUUGCUUUAACUCUAGCUCGUCUAGCUCGCCAUGUGGAGGUAGACAAACAGCAGAAAGAAGAGAAGAAUAAAGCAUUCCAGGAAAAAAUAGAUUUUCAGCAUGCUCAUGGAUUACAAGAACUGGAGUUUAUUCGAGACCGUAGUGACACAGAAGCAGCAAGAUUGUGUGUGGACCAAUGGCUAAAAAUGCCAGGACUUAAAACAGGCACAAUUAAUUCUGGAAGAAGAGGUCCAAUUCGAAGAGCAAGCCAAAUGCCAGUGUCCAGCAAACCUAUUUCAUGCCCCAUAAUGUAUUGUAACAAAGAAUUUGACAAUGGGCACCUUCUCUUGGGUCAUUUGAAAAGGUUUGAUCAUUCUCCAUGUGAUCCAACAAUUACACUGCAUGGACCUCUCACCAAUUCCUUUGCAUGUGUAAUAUGUUAUAAAAAAUUUGCUACCCAGCAGCAAUAUAGUGAUCACCUUUUUGCUAAGGCAGCUGCAGCUGAUGGACAUAAAACCAGUCUUCUUCCCCAGCUUAUUCAGUGCUUUGCAUGUCCAAAUUGCUUCCUUCUUUUUAGCAACAAGGAUGAAUGUUUGCGGCAUAUGUCUGGAAAAAAUCAUUUUCUUCAGAGUUUUAAACUGGGUGAUGACAAGGAAAUAUGUCCUAUACCAUUUCCAUCUUUUGCAAAGAAACUUUUGAUAGCUCUCUGUAAGGAAGUCCCCUUUCAAGUGAAAUGCAUGGCCUGCCACAAAACAUUACGUUCUCACAUGGAUCUUACAGCCCAUUUCAGAGUCCAUUGUCGAAAUGCGGGUCCUGUAGCAGUAGCUGAGAAGAGUGUCUCCCAGGUUGCAGAGCGAUUCAAAGCAAGAGGUUAUUGUCUAAGUUGCAGUGAACUCUUUGUGGAUGAGAGCAGUACCAAUAGUCACAAGCAGACUUCAGGACACAAAGUCAGAGUCAUUGCCUCAAUGGAAGAAUCCAUCUUGAUGUAUUGUCACAUCAAUGGAGGUAACAAACCUCCCUCUGAUUUGCGCCUCCUGCUAGAGCAUUCAAAAUUUUCAUCACUUAAAAGGACGCUAUCCAAUAAAGAUUCAAGGACACAGGCAUGCAGCGCUACUCCAAAGAAGAAGAAAAACUUGGAGGAUCAAAAUAGUGAAGGUGCAGUACAUACAAAACAAAAUAAGUCGGUCUGGUUUUGUGAAUGCCAACAAAAGUUCCUGAGUGAAGAUGCAGCAGAAAAGCAUGUAUUCUCAGCAAAUACAAUGUGCCAUAAAUGUGUAGUCUGUGGGAAAGUGUCUGAAGAUGCAGGUGUUAUGCGUUUGCACAUGAGUCGGUUUCAUGGAGGGGCACAUUUAAAUAACUUUCUUUUUUGGUGUCGGACAUGCAAAAAGGAAUUACGGAGAAAAGAGACUAUUAUGGCUCAUGUGACUGAAUAUCAUCGUGGACACACUUAUUUUUAUGAGCAAGAUGCUGAAGAAGAGGAACCUUUGCCAUCCUCUUCUAAGACAUUGAUGAGUAGCCCUGUUAACAGGAGUAGUCUUUCAACUAUUAUGCCUGUUCUUCAGUCCCCUCCAGAAAGCCCUCCACGAGGAAAAUGGCAGUGCCGAAUUUGUGAAGAUAUGUUUGACUCCCAGGAAAGUGUUAAACAUCACUGUAUGUGUUUAACAAGUCAUCAGUUUCAUAGGUACAGCUGUGACCAUUGCAAAAAGUCCUUUCACAAGAUAGAGACAUUAUACCGACACUGCCAAGACCAGCAUGACAGUGACAUAAAAAUUAAAUAUUUCUGUGGGCUCUGUGAUCUGACUUUUGAUGUGGAGGAAGCAUUUUUGAGUCACUAUAAGGAUGUCCACAGCGUAGACUAUGUGUUUGUAUCAGAAAAGUCUGAAACUUCAAUUAAAAAUGAGGAUGAUUUCCCCGUUUUGGAGAAAAGUAACUUGUUAACAUGUGGCUGCCGGGAGAGUUACAUCUGUAAAACUAACAGGAAGGAAGAUCACAGUAGAUGUCUACAGAUCUUGCUUGACAAAGGUAAUCUGUGGUUUCGUUGCUGUUGGUGUUCAGCAACAGCACAGAAUGUAGCAGACAUGAAUACCCAUAUUCUUAAACGACACAAGGGAGAGAGAGAUCAUAAAGAAGAGCAGUACUUUGUGAAGUGCGCUGUCUGCAGCAAAAGUUUUCACGAUGCUGAGAGUGCUCAGCAACAUUUUCACACAAAACAUUGCUUCUUACAAAAACCCAACAUAGCUCACUUUGGACCAGAAAAAUUAAGCCAAUUCAAGUUUAGUGCCAGUGGUGCACGUGUAGACAGAAAACUGAAACAUGCCGUAAGCUAUCCAAAAAUUUCAGAAUCUCCUUCAAAUAGACUACUAAACAUGGAUUCAGGAGCUAAGAAUGACAUAGGCUGUCAAAAUAUAGAUGAAGGAGAUGUUGAGCUACCAGAUUUGGACUACUUGCGAACCAUGACUCAUAUAGUCUUUGUGGAUUUUGAUAAUUGGUCAAACUUUUUUGGUCAUCUACCAGGAUUCCUUAAUCAGGGAACCUUUGUCUGGGGAUUUCAAGGAGGAAAUACAAAUUGGAAGCCUCCAGUCAAUUGCAAGAUCUUUAAUUACCUCAAUAGGAUUGGAUGCUUCUUCCUUCAUCCACGCUGCAGUAAGAGAAAAGAUGCUGCUGAUUUUGCCAUCUGUAUGCAUGCUGGCCGUCUAGAUGAACAGCUACCUAAGCAAAUUCCUUUCACUAUUCUCUCAGGAGAUCAAGGUUUUCUGGAGCUACAGAAUCAAUUUAAGAAGACUCAGAGGCCAGCCCACAUCCUAAACCCUCAUCACUUAGAGGGGGAUAUGAUGUGUGCCUUAUUAAAUAGUAUAUCUGAUACCACCAAAGACAGUGACAGUAGCGAAAAUGAUCGAACGAGAACAAGCAGAAAUACUAUGCAAGAAGAGGAAAUCAAGUCCAGAGAAGUUCUCUUUAGCUGUGAAAUACAGAAUCAAAUGGCCAGGUCUAAAGUACCCCCAGUUGAAGAAGAAUAUAACCAUCUGUAAAAGUGGAGCAGUUUAAAUCAUCAUGAAUUUAUAGGUUAUGAUCUCUAAAUUACCAUAUUUCAAAGUGCCAUGUGAAUAUUAUGAUUAAUAAAAUACUAUAUUAUUUCUCCUCAGGCUCUUAUACCCUUACCCUCCCUUCACCCAUUCUCCCUACUCCACUUAUUUUUUUUCCUCUACUUGCAAGGAUUAACAAGAUUUUGUAUACUGUGAUAUUGAAAACAUAAUCAUCAUCCUGCUGACUUAUACUGACAUAAAGCAUAUGUGUUUGUUUCCAACCCCUAACUUUGCAAUUCUAAUCUUUUUAUACAGAUGUGGAAUUGCAGGAAGUUCUCAAAAGGAGUCUGGAAGAGGUGUAAUUGAAGAGUCCCCUGCCCAAUAACAGCUGUCAUUGAAGGUGCUCACAAUAGUAGAAUCUUGAGUUCUACUUGAGUCAAAAACCAUAAUAGCAAAGAUAUAUUUGAAAACAGGCUUAUGCAUUUACUUGUUAGACUUGAAAGCCAGUGUCAUUUAUUUUAUGUUCUUGUACUAAUGUGGAUUUAUAAAAUGUACAGAAGGAAGAGAAUAAAUGUUUAAUAUAAAUCUGAAUUGCCAUGUUCUAAUACAGUUGCUAUAACCUCUCAGUUAGCCAUAUGACUGUAUAUAGUUAAAGUAAGCUCUUCUCUAUGGUUUUGUAUUCUCCUUAUUAAUCUUUUUUGACUUUUAAUCAUGGAUCUUAUUUUGGCCCUUUGUUUUUUACAGACAUAAGCUACUCCGUUCUAAUUUUCCUAAAAUCCAUGUAGCAUUGAGAGUGUGAUCUCUUACUAUCUUUCUGAUGUCUUUUUAAAAUGUUCUUAAUAGUUGGAGAGAUAAUAAAAUCAUGUUACUUGCUUUGUCCCUUGUGUUGCACACAAAUUUACA